GUUGAGUAAAUGAUGACAGAAUUUAAUUUUUGAGUGAAGUAUCCCUUUAACUCAACAGCAGUAAACUUAUAUUGAUUUAUAAUACUGGGUGCGAUUUUGCAGGAAACAUAAAAAGUAAAAAAACAUUGAAUUCUGCUGUAUUUGCUUGGUUUUUGGUGUUGUUUACGUUAUUUUAAAGCUGUAUGGUACCCAGAUUUGGUUAUUACUAGCAUUUCCUCCAAUUAAAAAGGUCACACUGUGGCGUAUAGAUAAUCUGAUGAUGACAUGAAUUCGCCAGACAGAAUUCACCAACCUUGACCUUUUGAACGCAUCAAAAUGUAUUUUUUGAUACCGGUCUACCGGUACCUGUUAUUCACAUUCAAUUGAAUCCAACCGAUAUGGUUGAAUUAAAACAGAUGAAAAGUGCACUAUAAAUAAUACACUUAAGUUGACAGACUAACAUGCAAAUUUGUCCUAUGGUUUGACGGCAAAAAAAAUGACUAAAAAACUAACAAUGAAGACAAAUCUCUCCUUUGCUAUUUUAUAUGACAAAUAUAAAUAGUAUAAAACGAUAUAAUAUUAACAGUUUGUUUUCUAAAUUUCGCUGUCACACACAUGUAUGAUUUAUUCGUCAACUACCCAAAUGUACUUAAAGUGCUCUAUUUUCACACACUAAUUUUGUUCUAAAAACUAAAAACGAUAAACUUAGGAAGAUCUCUGUGUACUCAAUGUUUUGCUAUUUUGAAACGCUAUUAAUAGAAGUACAAAAAAGUAUAUUUUUAGUAUGUUAAGUACAAAAUGUGCGACAAUAAAGCACUGUCAGUACAUUAUGGAAGUGUACUUAAAGUCCCCGUGAACCGGAAGUCGCGAUCGUUUUUACUUCUGUAUUUUGACGCAUUUCCGAGUGAUUUUGAAUGUGAAAAACAGUGGGCGUUGCUUUCGUCUUUUUCUGCGAUUUGAUUGGCUGUAUAAAAACAGCUGUUGCAUUUUGAAAUGGAACUGGCAGCAGACUGACAGUUAAAGGGGAGGAGUUAAAGGAUGCUCCGCCCAAGCCGUCUAACAUAUGUCAUCUAAGAUGGAUAGUCAUUACAGGAAGGAAGUACAUUUUCAGAUUUUAACUAAAGAUUAUAAGGGCACACGGUUUUUAAAAAGAGAAUGACCCACAUUGAUCAACUAUUUACAAUAAACGCUGCAAUAUUUCAUGAAAAAAUAGGCAUUGUAAUUUUUUAUUUCGCUGGGACUUUGGAGUGUACUUUUUUACCUGGGUCGAUUAAAAUAAGUCACGUAAACCCGUCAAGCCUUCAGUAAGUGAUGUAAGCCAGCAGUAAGCCUUCGCAAAUAAUCAGGUUGUAAUGAAUAAAACGUUUUAGUGUCCAAGCUUGACCAAAGCAUCUUCCUGAAAGUGUUUUAUAGAAAAUGACAACUCCUUUUCAACAAGUUGAUAAACUCUGAGCUGCAGAAGUGUGUGGUGUGUCAAAGGGUUAAGGUAUUAUGGAGUUAGGGAGAUAAAGCCUUCUGAAAGAUGUUGAGUCAGGUAGUUCUGUGUGUGUAUGUGUGUGUACGGGGUUUAAUCUUCACUUUCCCAUCAGCCACAAGCAUCCGUCUGAGCACUUCCCAGGGACAUCCAGACCCCUAAAGUUUUCCAGGACCCCUACUCUCAUGCAGAGUAACCCCACACAAGUUGUGUGAUUUGGUCAUUCUCUUUUUUCUCAGUCCGUAUCUCAUGUCUUUAGAGAGAAGAGCUUCGAUGUUCUUGCUCUGACUCCUUUAGGCUUCUCCUGUCUCGCAAUCCCUAGAUCCACGUUCUCCUCGCCAUGGACAUUGGCGGCCUCACCACCGUGGUGGCCAAUUCGGCGUACAUCUCGGCCUGCGGCAGUUUCGACGGCACGGGCAACCCGGCGGCCAACCGAGACAAGAAAUACCGUGCCAAACUGAAACUGCCCCACAUAACGGUGUGCGAAGGUCUGAGCGAGACUCUAGAUCUGCAGUUCAAGAGCAUCUGUGUGGAGCAGCCCAUCGGCAAACGCCUGUUUCAGGAGUUCCUGGAGACCACCAAUGAGUACAAGGGGCCGUGUCGCCUCUGGAAGGACAUCGAGGAGUACGACACCGCCGAGGAUAAAGAUCGCACCCACAAGGCCGGUAAAAUCCUCCAGCGAUACAUGGAGCCCUCGGCAAAGCUCUUCUGUCCGUUUCUACCCGAGAAUGACAUUACCAAGGUGAAGGAGCGGCACCAGGAGGCGGCGGACAACCUGUUUGACGAGAUCCUGAGCAGCGUGUUCGACUUCCUCAAGGAGGUUCCCUUCACGUUCUAUCUGGAGAACAUGUACUUCAAACGCUUUCUGCAGUGGAAGUGGCUGGAGAUGCAGCCGGUGGGGGAGGACUGGUUCCUGGACUUUCGCGUUUUGGGAAAAGGUGGAUUUGGAGAGGUGUCCGCCUGUCAGAUGAAGGGCACGGGAAAGCUGUACGCCUGUAAGAAGCUCAACAAGAAGAGGUUGAAGAAGAGGAAAGGCUAUGAGGGUGCCAUGGUGGAGAAACGCAUUCUGGCACGCGUUCACAGUAGAUUCAUCGUGUCGUUGGCUUACGCCUUCCAGACCAAGACUGAGCUCUGCCUGGUCAUGACUAUCAUGAAUGGAGGAGAUCUCAGGUAUCAUAUCUAUAACGUAGAUGAGAAUAAUCCAGGAUUCUCCGAAACGAGAGCCUGUUAUUACGCUGCUCAGAUCAUCCAGGGAAUGGAACAUCUUCACCAGAAACGAAUCAUCUACAGAGACCUGAAGCCCGAGAACGUUCUGCUGGAUAAUGAAGGUAAUGUGCGUAUCUCUGACCUUGGUUUAGCUGUUGAACUAACAGACGGCCAGGACAAAACGAAAGGUUACGCUGGGACUCCAGGCUUUAUGGCCCCAGAACUGCUGAGGAGUGAGGAAUAUGAUUGUUCUGUAGAUUAUUUCACACUGGGAGUCACGCUGUACGAGUUCAUCGCCGCUAAAGGACCUUUCAGAACUCGAGGAGAGAAGGUGGAGAACAAAGAGGUGAAGAAACGAAUCCUCAAUGACCCUGUAACCUACCCGGAGAGCUUCAGUGAAAACGCCAAGUCCAUUUGUGAAGGUCUUCUGGCUAAAGACGUGAACAAGAGGUUGGGCUUCAAGAACGGCACGUGUGACGAGCUGAAAUCGCAUCCGUUCUUCAGCGAGAUCAACUGGAGGAAACUUGACGCAGGAAUUCUACCGCCUCCUUUUGUACCCGAUUCCAAGACUGUUUAUGCCAAAGAUUUGGAUGAUGUCGGAGCGUUCUCCACUGUGAAGGGUGUCGGGCUAGAGGAUAAUGACAAGAACUUCUUCGAUGAGUUCGCCUCAGGAAACAUCUCCAUCCCAUGGCAGGAGGAGAUGAUCGAGACGGGCAUUUACGGCGAGCUGAACGUAUGGGGUCCGGGGGGCAGCGUUCCCAAUGACCUCAGACGGGAAUCCAUUCUGGAGCAGCCGCCCAAGUCCUCCACGUGUAGCAUAUCAUAAUCACAUGACAACAGAACUUUCCCAUCAUCAUCAUUGGUCACGAUCGGCUAUCCGCAUCAGAUAGGUUUAUAGAUCAAUAAUUGCAUUGAUUUAUACUCAGAGUUAAAGGGAUACUUCUCCCAAAAAUGAAAAUUCUGUCAUCGUUUACUCACCUUCGAGUUGUUCCAAAUCUGUAUCAAGGGAGUCAAUGGGGGGCAAAAUCUGUCUGGUUAUAAGCAUUCUUCCAAAUAUCUUUCUCUGUGUUCAUCAGAACAAAGAAAUUCAUACAGAUUUGGAACAACUCGAAGGAGAGUAAACGAUGACAGAAUGUUCAUUUUUGGGUGAAGGAUCCCUUUAUAUGAGAGUAUAUGAGAGUUGAAGUGCAUUGCUGUCAGUAUUUGUAUUUUAACAAAACUUUUAAACUGUAAAGUGAGUUAUUAAACACUAAGUUUACAACACACAAGAUCCAUCUGUGUAACAAAAUAAUGUCAAGAGUUAUUAUGAGUAAAUAUAAAAUAUGAUUUGUAAGUAGAGCUGGUGUUAUUUCCUGAUGUCAGUCACAGUGUUCGUGUAUGUAUUAUCUAUGUAUGUGUAUAUAAUGUUGCUUCUGAAUGCACAUCAAAUUAUGACAGGAUGAUCCAGUUCAAAGAGAAAUGUAAUUUGUAAUUGCCUAUGGACUUCAAUAUACUAGAGAAUAUAGAAAUAGUUUUCAAAGUAUGCUGUGCAUUGAAAAGAUAAUUUCUCAUUUUUAUUCGUUACACAAACUGAGGUUUAUGUUUUGACACAUUCCUUCCUGAACUGAACUAGUACAUUGUUUUAAUUGCUUUAAAUAAUGCCUUUAUUGAUUGAGAUACUGUUUUGUGACCCUCACUGGGUUGUCCAGUAAUAUUAUUGUCUCGCAGAUAUUUGGGGAGUCUAAUGGUCUGUAGAAUGAACAGAAUGUUACCGAAUUGAAAUCUGAGUGUUUGACUAGUCUUGCUAUUGUUGCCAUUCAGAAUCAUGCUUCAGUGCAUCACUUUCAAAAGUGACCUAUAGUGAAGAAAAACAUUUCUUUCAUGUAAAAAGCUGUACGUGCCUAGAUUGCAGUAAUUUGAGUAUAAAACAUUUUGAAUGAUGUGAUAGAUCAAUAAUGGUUUUAAAUAAACGUUUUGC